GUGGCCAUUGAUCUUCUGAAGUCAGAGUUGAGUUUAAGAAGAAAAGCCUUGACAUCUAGAAGACCUUGCAGUAAUCUAGAAGGAGACCUUUUAGUAGACUUCUUCAAAGAGAAGCAGGAGUAUCUGAAGCCACAGAAGGUAGACAAAAGACUGAAGCAUAAUGGAUAUGGCAUCCCCCUCUCCAUCCAGGAUCUUAGCACAAAUCAAUGAAACAUCCAGUGUCAUAAAUAGAACCUGUUAUGAUUCUGGCAUAAAUGAAGAAGUGCUUAUUUUUGCAAUAUUCACUGUGCUUUUUUGUCUGUUGGGAAUGUUGGGCAACGGCCUUGUGAUCUGGCUGCUGGGCUGCUCCAUCAAGAGGAACACUUUUGCCAUUUAUAUUCUCAACCUCUCUGUUGCCGACUUUGGUUUCCUCACCACUGAGCUGAUUAUCGAAAUCCACUGGUUUUUUACACACUUGUAUUGUGACUUUCCCUAUGAACUCUUCCAAACGGUCCUGCUGUUAAUGUACAGUACGGGGCAAUUUCUCCUGACAGUCAUCAGCAUCGACAGGUGUAUUUCGGUCCUUUUCCCAAUUUGGUACCGAUGCCACCGGCCGGUGCAUCUGUUCACUAUUGUGUGUGCUGUCAUCUGGGCCACUUCCUUCAUCCUCUCUUCAAUUCACUUCACAAUUAUAGCUGUUGAUGGAUUUGGAAAGAGUUAUACUUUGAUGUAUCAGUUCAUUGUUAAUGCUGUGCUUUGUCUCCCACUGAUGACAAUCUCCAGUGUUACCUUGUUUAUCAAAGUCUGCUUCAUAUCCAAAAGCCAGAGGCGGAGAAAGCUUUUGACAGCUAUUUUGCUCACACUUUUCUUCUUUUUAGUCUUGGCUUUUCCACUAAAUGCCUUUUAUUUUAUCCUGUACGUUUUCAAAUAUAUACAUCCCAACCUUGUACAUUAUGGCUACUUGUGUACCUGCAUCAACAGCGGCAUUAACCCCCUGAUCUAUUACCUGGUGGGAAGACAGAAGGGUAAAACGCGGAAAGGCAUCAAAGAGUUGUUUCAGAAGGUUUUCAAGGAGGAGGAACUCUCUACUGAUGAACUGGAAACUUCGGAAGGUUCCAAGAUCUGAAUGUUUUACUUUCACUAUUGUCGUUCAAAAGAUACAUUCGUUUCUUUCCAACCCAGCUCUUUUUUUUUUGAAUUUAAAAGAAACUGGUCUUUAUGCUGAUUAAUUUCUGCAUGGAAAACAAAACAUUUCUCAAGUUGGACUCACCUAUGUAUCAAGUAUUACUUGAAGACUAAUUAGCUUGGUCUCGUUCUGUCUUCCCCAGUUGGAGUGGCCUUCAAUUUUGUGUAUUUGAACUUUAAUCUCGAUCCAGUAGGAUCAUCGUUGAGAAUUUUCAAAGCUGACAUUCACACUUUUGGAAGGUGUCCAUCAUAGAUGCCCACAUGUGACUUUCAAAGUAUCCCAGGUUCUAUCAACUACAUGCCCAAAAUGACAUGACAUGAUAAUGGAACUCUAGUUCAAGACUACCUGGAGAAUCCUAUAUCUGUAUCUCCAUGAGACCAGGAUUCAUCAGCUCAGUUGAAUGAAAAGGUGGACAUCUGUUACAACAAGAAAAGACCUUAUAAACUCACAUUUAAAUGAAAACAUUUUGUGCUGAUUCCAUAUGAAAAGAGAAAAGACUGAAACAAUUUCAAGUGGUAAUAUCUACAGAUUGAUCUCUCUUUCUACACAUGUAUAUAUAUUGUACUUAGAACAAAUGGUUGAAAUGUAAUUGCUCUAACUUUAUUGUCUGUGCAUACACAGAUGAGAUUUAAAGCUUUCAUAUCAUUAGGACAGAUAUAGAAGCAACUGCAACUAUAAUAGUGCUGUAUAUCUUUUACAGAAGGAAAAAAAAUAACAUUAUUUACUCAGUGUAUUCCCCCUAAAAAGCUUGCAACAAAACAUGGAGGAGCUCUGGACUUUUUUUGCUUUCUUGUGAAUGUGCAAGUGACUAUUUUAGACAAAACAAUUUCCUUAUGUUUCACGUGUUAUGGCUCAAUGCAGAGAAAAUGAAUCUUGCUAUGUUAUAACCACGUGGGGCUACCCAUAAAGACAAUUUUAAAAAUUUCAAAGGUUGUAGGAAGGGUAGUGAUAGCUACUUGGCACCCUGAUUUUAUUAUAUUUAAAUGUCAAUGUCAAUAGCUGCCUACUCAACUUAAGAGAGAAGCUGUAGGUAUCAAAUUCCUAAACGGUUCUUGGUUAGCAUCUAUAACAGUGGUGGUGAACCUUUUAGAGCAGUGGUUCUCAACCUUUUUAAUGCUGUGACCCCCAACCGGAUGUAAGUCGACGACUACUCAACCGAUCAUAAGUCGAGGACUACUC